UCGCGCAUCAGGGGAGUGAACAGCUUGGGCGACUCAGCCAGCCAGGUGUGCGACGAGCCGUUGCCACCGUCCCUGCUGAUUGAGCGACAAGGACGAAACCCAAACGAGAACGUCAGAGUCGUUGCCGCCUGCGACGAGUCCUCGUGCGACAACGACAAAGCAGGAAAGAGGCCGAACGCGGGAACGUGUCAGUCAGGUUUCUUUCAGAUUAUUAAGAGGAUAACGAAUCUUCUUCUUGACCUAAAUGUUGAUGACCCCGCCACAAGUAUAGAAGAUGCUGCUCUGUGCAGACUUGCACAUGAAGGACCUCACGGGUCGUYGUCUCCAUUAGCACCUCCUGCAUGUGUGACAAUGGUUUCCGUCUAACCCAGCGGGGAGCAGCAUAAGSGGUGAUAACAGUGACGAGGGGAGCGGGGGAAAGGGGCGCGGGCAAACGAGGGUGAACGGCAGCCAACAGGAUCGCAAACGGCAGCCGACAGCAGCGCAAACGGGCGUUCGUUGUGCGCUUGGUGACGCCAGUCGGCGGCUGUCGAUAUGGCACUGCGACUUGCGCAGGUUAUCUUGUGGUCCCCAUCGGCUUCACCGGGAUUCACAAGAAACGAUGGAUCACCGCCAGCUGUAGCAUCGGGUGCCGCAUCAGCCGCUGCAUGGCUCGGUGGAGAGCACCUCCAGGGAAGGAGCAGCUGCUCUGGUGGGAGCGGCAGUGGAAGCAACUAUGGCUGGAACUCCAGCAGGAGGAGCAGCUGCAGCAAUGCCACAUGUUCAGGAUGGACUGGGAAUGGAGGUGAAGGGAGCUUCAUGUUUGUUAGCCGGAUGCGUGCGGCGGGAAGUCUACGCAACAGCGGUGGUGGCGCCACCGCUAGUACUCGCCACUUGGCUGGGUCAGGAACAGCGGAGGGUGCGCAGGCAACUGCACCCUGCACGUCAUCAUGGCGCAAGGGGAUGAGAGCGGGGAGCUGCAGAAGUUGCUCUGUCCAACGACCCAAUGCUUCUUCUUCCCAGACGCCUUCUGGGCGGGUGACUAAGAAGGUUGCUGGCGCAACCGCAGGAGCAGUACAGACCUCAUCAUCGAUAGCCAUUGUUAAGUACUCCGUCGGGGGUGGUCUCGGCUGCAGGUGGGGAGAAGGAAGCACCUUCCAUAGCCAUUUGCCGGCAGUGGGAAGAACAGGACCAACCCCUUCCUCCUCGUCCACUGUCAAUGGCUUGCGAAAGAGGAAUAGCCGCCGUAAGAACAGUCUCUGUAGAUGCGAAGCUCCUGAGGCUGAUGGUGGAGGUGGAAACAGUGCUGGUACUGCAACUGACGGCAGCAGUACUACAACAACUACUACUACCGACAACGGGUCUGCUGCGUCUACUGACUCGUCUGUGGCCCCUGCCUCUAAGGUCACUACCAGCAGCUCGGCUGCAGAGAAAGCUGUGCUCUCCGCUUUGGCCCAGAUCAUCGACCCGGACUUCGGAAUGGAUAUCGUUUCUUGUGGUUUUGUAAAAGACUUAGCGAUUGACGAAGGAACAGGCCACGUGUCAUUUCGUCUUGAGCUCACCACGCCGGCUUGUCCAAUCAAGGAUGAGUUUGAACGGCAGGCCCGAGACAACGUGUCCAGUCUGGACUGGGUGAAGGAUGUGAAUGUGACGAUGUCGGCGCAGCCUCCCCGUCCAUUGAUCGCUGACAGUAUGCCUGCCGGAUUGCGCAAGGUGUCGAACAUCAUUGCGGUGUCUAGCUGCAAAGGUGGGGUUGGGAAGUCGACGGUCGCGGUGAACUUAGCCUAUUCCUUGGCGAUGAUGGGAGCAAGGGUUGGGAUCUUCGAUGCUGACGUGUACGGUCCCAGCUUGCCAACCAUGGUGAACCCGGAGGUGCGGGYCCUGCAGAUGGACCCGGAGACGAAAUCCAUCUUCCCCAGCGAAUAUGAGGGAGUGAAGAUCGUGUCCAUGGGAUUCGCUGGUCAAGGCAGUGCUAUUAUGAGAGGCCCGAUGGUUUCUGGGGUAAUCAAUCAGCUCAUGACGUCCACAGAGUGGGGGGAACUUGAUUACCUGGUGAUUGAUAUGCCACCUGGCACGGGGGAUAUCCAUUUGACUUUGUGCCAAUUGGUCCCACUCACUGCCGCUGUCAUUGUGACCACUCCCCAACGACUUGCGUUCAUCGAUGUUGUGAAAGGUGYGCGCAUGUUCGCUAAACUCAAAGUGCCAUGCGUUGCUGUGGUGGAGAACAUGUGUUACUUCGAAGCGGGUGGCAAACGAUACUUUCCAUUUGGGGAAGGUUCUGGCCAACAAGUCGCCGACAUGUUCGGUAUUCCGUUUUUGGCACAACUGCCAAUACGUCCGGAGUUGUCCGCAUCAGGAGAUUCCGGGCGUCCAGAAGUAAUAGCAGAUCCAGUGGGCGAGAUAGCGCGCGCUUUCCAGGAGGUAGGGGUGGCUGUGGUGCAGGAGUGCGCUAAGUUCCGCCAGCAAGUGGCCACAGCUGUGCGAUAUGACCCGCAGCUUCGGGCCAUAGUCGUGAAACCCCCAGGAGAGGAGGAGGAGUUCUACUUGCACCCCGCCACAGUCCGCAGAAACGACAGAUCAGCGCGCAGUGUUGAUGAAUGGACGGGCGAGCAAAUGCUGAGAUACAGCGAUGUGAUGGACAACAUAGAGCCGGAAGGUAUCCGUCCGAUGGGGAAUUACGCGGUGUCGAUCUCGUGGCCGGAUGGGCUUACCCAGGUGGCGCCUUUCGAUCAGCUUCGGGAGCUGGAGAGGCUCAUUGAUCCGUACGCACAACGAGAAGCGUUGGCAUCAAGUGUGCUGUCACCGAACAGCAGCGAGCGGACCGGCAAACCCGAGGAGGAAGAUGGAGAAUGGGAGAAGGUGGUGGAAGAGGAGGAGGAGACGCGGARARCUGCAGGUGAMCGUGCACCUGCUAUGGCGGGGGAAGGGGAGAAGCUGACAGGUGCGCAAACGAUCCUGCGCAGUGCAAGUGGUCUUCAGAGAGAGAGGCAUGCAGCUCAGCAGGAUUGAUUGAGGAGGUGUGGAAUACGUGUGCAUUGAGAGAGUAGGUACAGAUAUGUAUGUGUGGGGAUGGGGAGUAGGCGUGGACCCUUGUCUGCAUCAUGUUGUGAGUUUGGGACCUUCGUGCUGCUCAAGGUCUUGGCAGAGGAGGGGGAACUGAGCGUGCUCGUCGUGUGCAACGAGAGAGCAAACAUGACAUGGAGGAGCUCAACAAGAGCAAAGAUGGGAUGGACAUGCGCAACGAAAGCAAAGAUGGGAGGGACGAUCUCGUGCUGAAAGCGAGACGGAGGCCUAGCUGAGUUGGUACACCUGUGAACUGUGGAAACACAGUCACAAGUUUGAAUCCAGAUGCAACCAAAUGUAACUCUGGACGUGCUCAGGCUGAUCACACCAAUGCCGGGUGUGUGUGCUCAGCCCAUGGUGAGGAAGGGAAACACUCUCUAUGUAAGCAGGCGAUCGGGAGUGAUGUCAACAUAAUUAGAGUAAGGAUUGGUCAACAUGAGUAUGCCAGGGCUGUAUGUGCUCAAUCCAGGUGGGGCGGGUUUUGCCCAAGCUUCUUCUUCUUCUUCUUCUUCUUCUUCUUCUUCUUCUUUUUCUUCUUCUUCCUCUUCUUUAUUAUUAUUUCGCAUCCACACGUUCGUCGAGGUAACCUUGCACAGGUGGGGAAGAGUAAUUGUCCCAAUUUGUUAGUGACAUCCAUAGAGGAGGCUCCCGCUCUCGAGGUGUGGCUAGAUUUCUUUUGCCUUUUUUCUUUCUUUUGUAGAUGAUGUUUUAUUUCAUCAG